UAAAACAUUAACUCAGAAAAUGUCCCCUUAUUGAUUCCGAAUUUCAACUGACUGCUGACGCUAUAUAAUUCAUAGAUUAUACUGAACAAAAUCAUUGAGCAAGAGUCUGACCUCUGGCGAAUAUUUUGAAGUAACUUCAGGAAAAUUCCUGUAACGUUUCCAUUUAUGAAGAAGGUUUUUCUGUAAAUAAAUGCUAAUAACUUUCCUUGAGUCCUUGAAAUUUCUUCUCCAGUAUAAAUAGUUUCCUUCUUCAUAAAGUUACGAUGAAUGUUCGUCAAAAUUCGUGAGCGAUGCUCCGUCAUUUGCUAGAAACCAUUCGUAAACUGGCAUGACACUUUUAUUUCCGAACCGUAGGUGGGUGCGGAUCAGUGCUUUAAGUGUAGCUAGUUUGCGUCUGUUACUAUUUUCUUGGUUUCAUUUAAACUGUUAUGAAACUGUCGGAACAUCGAAAUUCUAAUGGUCUGAUACAUUAUAGAUACAUGCACUUGCAUUAGAUUUUACGAUUAGAUUACGAUUUCAAUAUAGAGAUAUUCCAUCUAUAAUUCUAAUAUAGUAGGCAAACUAGACUGUAUACUGUUUUUAAUUAUGUAAUCUACAAAUAAAUGUCAGACGUAUUUCAAAUAGUAGAUUAGCUAUUUGAAUGCAGCAUAAAAUGAUAUCAAAUAAAAGUUGCCGAAUCAUGGAAUUUCCACUGCUACUUUUGUUUGAAAUUAACUAUUGACCUUGUUUUAAGUAAUACCAGCAUUAUAAUUAUUAUGUUGGUUGUUUCAACGAUAAAACAUCGCUUACCAGAACGAUGAUAUUGAGUAAAAGUUUAACGAUAAUCUACCUUACUUCAUUACUGGAUUUAUUUGCUGUUGGUUUAACGGUUCCUUUGAUUAGCUCGCACCUUUUAUCAGUGGGUGCGUCACGAACUACGGUUGGCUUAGCCCAGUCCACUUAUUCAUUAUUGCAAAUUUUUUGGGGUCCAGUUUUUGGCAGUCUUAGUGAUGCGUUUGGUAGAAAGUUUAUUUUAGUUCUGGUAACAUCUUCCUGUUCCCUUCUUUACUUCCUUCUGGGUUUUUGUAAUUCCGUUUUACUCUUCUUCUUGGUGAGAAUCGCUUUGGGUUCAAUAAAGCAUACUCAAACGCUAUGCAAGGCGGUAAUCGCUGACAUCAUACCUAAAGAGAAGCAGACUGAAGUUUUGGGUUUUUGCAAUGGUUUGAGUUCCUUAGGCUUUGUUUUGGGACCCCUGAUCGGAGGGUACCUCUUUGAAUAUACCCAUGGUUUUUAUAUGGUUUGUUGUUUGACGUCGUUGGCUUUUUUAUGCAAUUGUGGUUUGGUGGCAAAUCUCCCAGAAGAGUCCGAUAAUAAGAAAGACAAAGAGAACCCUACAAAUGGAGCGGAGUUAUUUCAGGCCAUUACUAACAUGAAAACUAUCCCAUGGAAAGAAUAUUGGGACGCAUUUCUACUUCGUCUUCUCUACGCCUUAUCGGCAUCAACGUACUUUUCUAAUCAAGGUUUAUAUAUACAAGAAAAGUUUAGUCUUUCUCAACGCCAUGUCGGCUUCACUAUUUCGUUCUUUGGAACGGUAUCCUUGAUUUCCAGCCUUUUCAUGGGAUUGCUCACGAAAAAAUUCUAUCCAAAAGAUCCGGAUUACUACAAACAACAGCUGCACGCUUAUUCCUUAAUGACUGUAUCACUAUUGGGACUUUAUUUAGCUCCAAAUGUCUAUUGGUUUUGCUUCCUAUUGCUUCCGUUUUCCAUGGUGAGCACUGCACUGAGAAUAAUCAGUAUGGAGCUAUUGUUAAAUCGUUCCAAAAAGGAAGAUAACACUCGAGGGUGUCUAGUGGGAGCUUCGAACAGUGUCAUGUCCUUCGCAAGAUUAUUGACCCCAAUUACGUCCGGGGUUGUGGCUGAUGCAUUUGGCGACGAUGCAACCAUAUUGAUGUCAGCAGUACCCGCAUUGUCUGCUACAUUAUUGACAGCAACUUUGUAUGGACGAAAAGUUACAGAUAAGAACAAAGAUUUGUAACAAUUGUUUUUAUAAGAAAUUUUAUUGUUGAAAAUGUAUUGUAAUUUUAAUAAAUGAUUUACUUACAAUACGA